ACUAAAUUCCAUGUUCGCGACCCCACGCGUCUCCCAUCCUCUUACAUACAUACCUACCUACCUACAUACAACUUAACCAAUUCGUAGCCAUCUUGAUAUUCUUCUAGACACCAUUUUAUACUCUACCUCCCAGUCUCUAUUAACCACUCUCUUCUCAUCAACAAACUCCAAGUGCACGAUGCCGCCAGCCGGUCCCGCCAGAGACGACAACGAAAAGCAGCAGGCCGCGCAGCAAGCCGUCGACAUCUUGCAUGAGAUAUCCACCAUCCUAAAUUGCCAUCUCGACCGCCGCACGCUGUCCAUCUGCAUCUCCAUGAUCGAGAAUGGCGUGAACCCAGAAGCCCUCGCGAGCGUGGUCCAAUUUCUACGCAAGGAGGCACAAAAGGCAGACUUCGCACAAAGCACUGGCCGAUGAAAUAUGCGAUACGACUACUACACUCAUAAACACCAUAGAAGCAUGGUAUAUUUAUAGAACAAUG